AUGUUAUUACCGCUUGAUGAGGCAAUUGAUGGUUUGCUACGGGCAACACCGCAUACUCCUCAAUGGCAAUUGAAGAGGUGGCUAAGAACGCUCUUUUCGAUAUCUGCUAAGCACGGUAUACAGACGCGCCAGUUCCCGAGACUGAUCAAGUACCUUUGCGAAACCCAUGUCGUGUCCUUGCACAACAAGAUCCGUAUUAUCGACGAGUGUAUGCUACCUAAUGGAUCCUUCACGAACAAUGACGUUACACUCGAAUUGAUACGGCAUCUUGGGACGCACCAACCAAUGGAUAAACAAACGCCAAAAGAGGUACAGAUACACCUGUUGAAAUGGCUGGUACACGUGGUCUUUCUUCUACCGGAUAAUAGUGAUACAAGGCUGCUCUCCUGCUGGAUCCAUCUCUGGCAGUACAAUUAUAUUCAACGGUACGUGACAUACAUGAUCGUUUGGUCCACUCGAAGUAAGCAAGAUAUCAAACCGUGGUCUAUAGAAACGUUUCUAAGAACCGCAAAAAAUCCAGCAUAUUCCAACGCUGCAGUACACACAACAUUGGUCUUGAAAAGGUACUUGUCAGUUCUAGGGGAGUCCCAGGAUAUCAAGCGCUGCAUAUCAAACUUAAACUGCCCCGCGCAAGAGUUAAAGAGCGUACAAAGCAUGCAAUUUGAGCAACGGUUUACGGAUAAAAUCAAGAGAGUCUUGGUCACUGAACAACCUUUCAAGUUCAGUGACGAAAUCAUAAAGGCUAAUCUAAAGACGUUGUUAUUCCAAUUGCGGGAUUCUGAAUUGGAUCCCCUUAAGCUAAAUUUCAACGCAGAACCGCCGCAGGAUGAUUCCACCCUAUACACAAUGCAUACCCAGAUGGAUUUGGUCAAGAAUUGGCCGAGACUGGAUUUACCGACGAAUGUGGAGCCCUUACUCACGAACUUGGACUCCAUCGCCAGAUAUUAUCCGCUGGUUUACGAAAAUUUAGAUAAUGGCAACAGACAGAUACAAGAGUUUUGGCAGAGCUCUUACUACUGGAUACAAAUAAAUAUGAGGAGAUGUUUUAUGGAAAGACAAAUAAAUCAACAGGACAGGGACAGACUAUUUGACAAAGUAAUUCAGAAUUGCCGGCUCUAUGAUCACUUCUUAAUGAAACUGGCAAACGAUUUUCUGACGCUGGACAAUUUCUUGGCCAAUAAGGAUUAUUUUAUUAGGAUAUGUCUAGCGGUGUUCCCAGUCUUGAGACUGAUGCCAGGAGACUUGAGCUUCCUAAGAAAUAGAAUCUUGAAGAUCCUCGCAGUUUGCCAUCUUACCAAAAACGGGAAGUCCGCUGCUGCGGGGAACGACACCGCAUUUGCUGACGUUUCUUGCUCUUUAAUCUUUUUGACAAGAAACUGGCUGGCGAAAUACGCUAAUGACGCGAGAGUCAUGGAAUUUAGCCUCGAUCUUUUGGCCGAUUUAAGAAGGUUGCUACUUGGGAGUCUUUCAAGUUCCGUGGAAAACAGAUCGAUAAGUAUAGGCAUUAUGAUGGUUUUAGAGACGUUAUCCGAUUACAUCCCUAUCUAUGAGGGGUCAGGUCUACAGAAUGAUGAUACGUUAGGUAAAAUAAUACUCAGGAGUAACACUAUUGAUAAAGUGGUGACGUUUGAUGACCCACUGCUGUUGAAUUUCUGCUGUAGAUAUCUCACUUCGAUCAAGGGGAUAUUACUGAAUCGACCAUCGACAGACGUUUUUGUCCAAGUACAAAAUCACUACAUUCUCGACCUGACAAACUACUUAUGGAGAAACAAAAUCGCAAGCUCCAAAAAGAUAUUCAACAUUUCGACAGAGUUCAUAAAAAAUGUGCUGGAUAACGCAUUUUUUCCAGAUAUUCAUAAUAAACCAAAGGCAGUCUUCUCAUUUAUGGGAAUUGCUGCUUUAUCGUACGUUUCCGUUGUCGCAUUGAGAAGGUUAGAGAAACUAAAUAAUGUGAGAGUACAGUACAACACUUUACUGAACGAAGAGUGCUUCAAGAAGUUUUAUAAAUCCUUAUCACACGAAGAUGACUGGCUGCCCGGAAUCAAUACAUUUGAAGAGUUGAGACUUAAGCUUAUACUGGAAAUCUAUAAAUCCAACGCAUACAAGAAUAUAGCAUUGUUUUUAUUCACAUAUAUGAAGAGCUUAUCAACAUAUGGCUCCAAAAAAACAUAG